AUGAUGGAGUCAUCAAUGCUCGAGUACUACAUGGAGAGGGACUGCCAGCUGCAAAGUAUUGGCGGACUUCUCGACUCAAAGGGUUAUGGAAUCGCAGUUCCUAAAGGGUCACCACUUCGGGACAUACUGUCUCGAACGGUUCUACAACUGCAGGAACGGACUAUACUCGAGGCCCUAAAGAGCAAAUGGUGGCGCGAUAUGAGAGGUAUUUUCUACGUUCUCAUUACGGGACUCAUUAUCGCUCUAUUGUUAGCCUUUGGGGAGUACUGCAUUGAAUCAAGGCAUGACACAUUCCGUUUGCAGCUCACUGUUUUAGGAAAGAUUCGAAAUUGGUGGAUGGGAGUGAAUGGCGACAAAGCCGAACGGGCUCGAAACAAACUUCGCAACAUGCAGCUGGACACGGCCGGGCAAGAGUUUUCAAACUUAUCAACUACAACUACGGGAGGAGACGACCAGAGGUUUUUCAUUCGCAGUGGUAUGCGACGAACCCGAGCGUCGUCCACAAUCAGUCGUGAAGGUAUCAGGAGGCUCAGCCGAAUGCUUUCCGCUAAUCACGAGCAGCUCAUCCACCUACAACUUCAAGGAGAAAGGAAUUCUAUCGUACCUAACUCAAGAAAUACUUGA